AUGGAUCAUGAAGAUUUAACGGUCCACAAAGAUCAUGCAGCUAUAACGGUCCACAUAGAUCUUACAGCUUUAAUGGUUCACAUAGAUCAUGCAGCUUUAACGGUUCACAAAGAUCAUGCAGUUUUAACGGUUCACAUAGAUCAUGCAGCUUUAACGGUUCACAAAGAUCAUGCAGUUUUAACGGUUCACAUAGAUCAUGCAGCUUUAACGGUUCACAAAGAUCAUGCAGUUUUAACGGUUCACAUAGAUCAUGCAGAUUUAACGGUUCACAAAGAUCAUGCAGUUUUAACGGUCCACAUAGAUCAUGCAGUUUUAACGGUCCACAUAGAUCAUGCAGCUUCAAAGGUCCACAUAGAUCAUAGCUUUAACGGUCACAUGGAUGGAGCUUUAACGGUUCAGAAAGAUCAUGCAGUUUUAACGGUCCACAUAGAUCAUGCAGGUUUAGCGGUUCACAAAGAUCAUACAGUUUUAACGGUCCACAUAGAUCAUGCAGCUUCAAAGGUCCACAUAAAUCAUGCAGCUUUAACGGUCUACAUAGAUCAUGCAGCUUUUACAGUCAGUUUUAACGGUCCACAUAGAUCAUGCAACUUCAAAGGUCGACAUAGAUUAUGCAACUUAACGAUCUACAAAAAUCAUGCAGCUCUAAUGGUCCACAUAAAUCAUGCAGCUUUAACGGUUCGCAACGACCAUGCUUCUUUAACGGUCGACAAAGAUCAUGCAGCUUCAAAGGUCCACAUACUUCAUGUAACUUCAAAUGUCCAGAAAGAUCAUGCAGCUUUAACAGUUCACAUAAAUCAUGCAGCCUCAAAGGUCCACAUAGAUCAUGUAGUUUCAAAUAUCCACAACCAUCAUGCAGCUUCUAAGGUCAACAUAGAUCAUGCAUCUUUAAUGGUCCACAUAGAUCAUGCAGCUUUAAUGAUCCACAUAGAUCAUGCAGCUUUAACGAUGAGUUUUAACGGUUCACAUAGAUGUUGCAGCCUUAGAGGUCCACAUAGAUCAUGUAGCUAUAAAGGUCCAUAUAGAUCAUGCAGUUUUAACGGUCAACAAAAAUCAUUCAGCAUUUACGGUCAGUUUUAA